GUAACCAUAGAUAUAUGGUGUAGCAUCAUGAGGUUCAGGUUCCUGCUGUUGAUCAAACGUUGCUUCGGUCGAGUGCGAACCCGAAUCAGUUGCUGCUCCAAACCAGACAAUUUGGAGGAUGAACGCGAGUCUCCCAGCGAUGCCAUGUACAUAAUUGUACACCUUCUAUGCCCCGCUUAAUUGUGUGUUCAUUUUGUUAAUCAAGAAGCAUCUGAUUUUAUGGCUGGCGUGGUGCUCCAGCGCGACCGCUUCGUGUGCUGCCUCGAGUCGCAUGGCCACCAUGCCCGCGCCGAGGCGAAGGCCGCUGCCACUCUCAACGCCCUCUGCUGCGCGCUCUCGCCGGCGGCGUUUGCAAAGCCUUGUCGUGGCGCUGCAAGUGUUGCCCCCCUCCUCCCCAAGGGCAAGGUGAAGGAAGGUGCAUGUGUGGUUCUUCAGCAGCUCGCAGCGAGGAUUGCUGUGUCCAACCUGCAGAAGUAUGCCAAGAAGUUCUCGGAGAUGAUUAAGGACAUGUCCCCGCACUACAACGAGAGAUCUGAGCUGUUUGGAAGUUAGUUUAGGUUUUUGUUGUGGAUUCACAGCUUCUCACAUGUAUGAUCCUCUUAGACCUUUAGAUUUCCAAAGAAACUAAAUGAAGAUAUGGUGGUAUGGUCUCAAUAGUACAACUUAAAGCCUUUCAUGUUUUAUAUUUUCUUUGAAAUUUGCUCUUGAAGAAUUAUGUAUCUAUGUUAGAUCCGGUGAGAAAAGGCGGCUUUCAAGUAGAGGUUGCUGCAGUGUUGGCCACAUUUGGUUUUCGACUUAAGUGUCUAAAUAUUCUCACAAUACUUGGCUCCCUUUCGGCCUUUGCGCCAUUGGCGCAACGAGUCAUCUAGUUUCAUAGAAGCACAAGCUGCUAGCAUAGCGGUGUGCAGGGGGAGGCCUUGAGCAGACAGGUGACUGCGUUGCUGGGGCGGAUAUGAGGCACAUCUGCAGGCAGCAGACUGUAGGCAAGAGGUACAUGGCAGUGUGGCGAGAUGGUCGGUGGCUUGCUGCUGUUGCGAGUGGGCUACCUACAAGAUGGACAGGAAGAAUAUGGUGCAAGCAAUGGCAAAGGGGAAGGCAGGGAGUGGUAAAGUGAAAGUUUGUGAUAAGAUCGGAUUUGAGGUGUAUUUAUAACGAUCACAUAAAUGAAAGGCUACAGGAAGAUUUUGGAAAUGGCAAUGGUGUCAA